AUGGAAAUUUUCUUUGUGUUAGAAGGAGCUGAAAUUGGUUCAAAUGAUCUAGAUAGAGUGCGUGAUGUUGAUUCAGAUCGUGUAGCUCCUAGAAAUGUGUUAGCAGUUAAUACGAGAAUUAAUCUAUCAGAUUCAGGACACCAACACUACAUCCUAAAAAUAGCAGCAAUUAAGUAUGAAAAUGUCGUAAUUCUAGACAAGUCUGAAAACCAUAUUUUAGGAGGAUGGGAGUGCCAUGUCUUCAAGGCAAUGCAACAAAAAUUACGAUUUAGUUAUUCUAUAGUCAAACCAAUAGAUAAAUCACCUGGAAAUCGCCUUAAAAAUGGUUCUUGGGAUGGAUUUAUCAAGAAACUUGUAAAUCAGAAAGCAGAUAUGACUUGCUUUUCUUUAAAUGUUAAUUCUGAGCGUUUCUCUGUAAUUGAUUUUUCUUCUCCCGUAAUUCUUCAAACUAUAAACUUUGUGACAAGGUCUCCGAGAAAAACACCGAAUUGGAGUUCCAUCAUAAAACCAUUUAAUAAAGAGGUGUGGAUCAUUCUACUAUUAAUUCUCGUUAUGAUGGGAUUCGUUUUACACAAAGUCAUUGAAAAAGAUUUAAGAGCUGACAAAAUGAAAGUCAAUUGGACAAGAAGACAAGUCUUCUGGAAUCUGUUUUGCACUUUAAUAUAUCAAGGAAUUCCGUUGCAUCUGUUAAGAAGAUUCCCAUCAAGAUUUUUAAUUGGAAUCUGGUUACUAUUGACUCUAGUUUUGAUAUCCAGUUACAUCGGUACUCUAAUGUCUUUUAUGUGUUCUCCUCUGAUAGAAGAUGUACCUAGAAAUUUUAAUGAGUUAGCUCUUGCAAUUAAUAAAGGUGACUAUAAUUGUGGAAUAUUAGGUAAAUACAAUCUAUGGCAAAUAAUGCAGAAUUCAAGUUCAAACAGCUAUAAAAUUAUGAAAAAUAAUAUAGAAAAACACGAUAAUUUUAUGCCCGGAUCCAGAGCGAUGCAACGCGUUAUCGAUGAAAAUUUUGCUUUCAUAGGAAGCAUAACAAUGAUAAAGAAGCUUAUCCGAACAGAAGAAAUGCAUAAAUAUCGAAUAUCCGAUGAUCCUUUGAUGACAUCUACAAAGGCUUUUGCUAUGAGAAAAAAUUUUCCUUUAAAAAAAGAUAUAAACGCUAUAGUGAUUCGUUUAUUCGAAGCUGGAAUCGUUGAAAAAGUCGAUAAUUCCGAAACUAAAAGUUUUGUGGAGUUUUCUGAAUUCCAACCUGUAUCUUUGGAAGAUCUAAGCAUAAGAGUACCUGUGACUAUCAUGGGAUUUGAGGAUGUAAAUGUAUUCAGAAAGACAAAAAAAACGAAAAAACGACAUGUAUGUCAUGCCUACUUGAAAGAGACAGAAGAAGAUGAGAAACGCCUAAUGAGUAUGAUACAAAUGCGUUCAUCAUACAAAACGCAAGCACAUGAUUUUCUUUUACCUCAUAUUUCAAGCUGUUGCUAA